UCACCCUCCUUCUCAAGGGUGCAGUAUAAGAGCUUGGCCCCUCCACAGGGCCAUGCCCACGAGUCAGCAGACACUCAGGAGGCACCAUGGCUGUCUUGGGCAUCACGAUCGCUCUGCUGGUGUGGAUGGCCACCCUGCUGCUCAUCUCCAUCUGGAAGCACAUCUACAGCAGCUGGAAACUGCCCCCUGGCCCUUUCCCACUGCCCAUCAUUGGGAAUCUUUUCCAGCUGGAUAUUAAGGAUAUUCCCAAAUCCUUAACCAGGCUGGCAGAGCGGUUCGGGCCAGUGUUCACGCUGUACCUGGGCUCGCGGCGCAUCGUGGUCCUGCAUGGCUACAAGGCCGUCAAGGAGGUCCUGCUGGACUACAAGAAUGAGUUUUCUGGCAGAGGAGAUAACCCGGCAUUCCAGGUGCACAAGAACAAAGGAAUCAUUUUCAACAAUGGACCGACCUGGAGGGACACCCGGAGGCUUUCCCUGACCGUCCUCCGUGACCUCGGGAUGGGGAAACGGGGCAACGAGGAGCGGAUCCAGAGGGAGGUCCCCUUCCUGCUGGAGGCACUCAGGAAGACCCAGGGCCAGCCCUUUGACCCCACCUUCGUCAUUGGCUUCGCGCCCUACAAUGUCAUCUCCGACAUCCUCUUCCACAAGCACUCUGACUACAGUGAUAAGACGGGCCUGAGGCUGAUGUAUCUGUUCAACGAGAACUUCUACCUGCUCAGCACGCCCUGGAUCCAGCUUUAUAAUAAUUUCUCAAGCUGUCUACAAUACCUGCCAGGAAGCCAUAGAAAACUAUUAAAAAAUGUGUCCGAAAUAAAAGAUUAUGCUUCAGCAAGAGUGAAGGAACACCAGGAGUCACUGGACCCCAGCUGCCCCCAAGACUUCAUAGACAGCCUGCUGGUGGAAAUGGAGAAGGGAAAGCACAGUGCACAGCCUGUGCACACCUCGGAGGGCAUCGCCGUGACCGUCGCUGACCUGCUCUUCGCAGGGACGGAGACCACCAGCACCACCCUGAGAUAUGGGCUCCUGAUUCUCAUGAAACACCCGGAGGUCGAAGAGAAGCUUCAUGAAGAAAUUGACAGGGUGAUCGGGCCGAGCCGAGUCCCUGCUAUCAAGGACAGGCUAGACAUGCCCUACCUGGAUGCCGUGGUGCACGAGAUUCAGCGAUUCAUCGACCUCUUGCCCUCCAACCUGCUCCACGAAGCCACCCAGGACACAGUGUUCAGAGGAUACGUCAUCCCCAAGGGCACGCUCGUGAUUCCGACACUGGACUCCGUCUUGUAUGACAACCAAGAAUUCCCCGAGCCAGAGAAGUUUAAGCCGGAGCACUUUCUGAACGAACAUGGAAAGUUCAAGUACAGUGACUAUUUCAAGCCAUUUUCCGCAGGAAAGCGAGUGUGCGUUGGAGAAGGCCUGGCGCGCAUGGAAUUGUUUCUGUUCUUGGCCGCCAUCUUGCAGCAUUUUAACUUGAAGUCUCUCGUUGACCCCAAGGAUAUUGACCUCAGCCCCAUUGCGACUGGGUUUGCCAAGAUUCCCCCCCGUUACAAAUUCUGUGUCAUUCCCCGCUCUCAAGCGUGAGGCACACACGCUCUGAAGACCCCCGGGCACUUGAUGCUGCCUGGCGGCUUCCUGCCCCACACCGUCGCCUCCGGUGGGCAGCCAGGGCUCCACAGGGGAUCAGCUGGGCCAGGGAGGCUGCUUCCGAGUCACAUUCUUCAGACAGAAUUUGAAAGCAAAAUCCAAAUAAAAUUGUGUCAAACUAAUUAAACUGAAUAAAGUGAACU